UGCUGUCUCAUUCGCUGUUUUGUUUUCGUUUGAGGAAGUGAAUUUGGUCAGUGGCUUUAAAAUUACAUACAAAUCACAGCAUUUUUAUUAUAUUUUACAGAACCUUAACAUAUAUCACAUUUACGUUGUGCUUGUUUGGGAGUAGACUGUUCAGCUAACGUUAGCUUGCCUUAGUGAGUGUCCUCUUACGCGUUGUUAAAAACAUUCGAGCCAACGUCACUGAACCUAUAUAACACGUCGCGCCAGCCAGCCGCUGAUGAAGAAGAGAGGCCAUACGUGUCUGAUAGCGUCCAGUAUGGUCUCUUUAGUCCUGCUCAUGAUGGUUCUGUACGGUAGCAUUGGCAGCCAGCCGUCGGGCAGCCACAGCCUCAGACAUGACUACCAGCUGCUGGGCAGACCCCUGUACAAACUGGAUCUGAGCUGGCCCAGGAACCCAGAGCUCUUCACUGGGGAGGUGUUUGGUGUGGCUGUCAACCAGUAUGCUGGAGUGGUAUAUGUGGCACAGAGAGGUGACAGUGUGCCCAAGGUGCUUGUGUUCACCACAGAUGGAGAUUUUCUCAUGUCCUGGAACACAACCACCCUGGAGAUGCCUCAUGGGAUAUUUUUAGCAGACGCUGCCUCGUCAAACCCCACUGUGUGGAUCACAGAUGUGGGGAAUGGCCCAUACGGCCACUGCAUCAAACAGUACUCACCAUCUGGGAAGCUCCUGCAGGUGCUUGGUACACCAGGGAAACCAGGCUCUGGGUUGAACCCUCUGCAGUUCGACCAGCCGGCUGAGAUCUUUGUCCAUGACUCUGGAGAGAUAUACAUCGUAGAUGGUGAUGGUGGGAUGAACAACCGCCUCAUCAAGCUGUCCAAAGACCAGGAAGUGUUGUGGAUGCAUGGAGAGAAAGGCUCAGGCCUGGCUCAGUUCUACAUCCCUCACAGCGUGACUGUGGACAGUGCCCAGAGGGUGUGGGUGGCCGACAGGGGCAAUAAGAGGAUCCAGGUUUUUAAUUCCAUUACCGGGGACUGGCUGGGGACAUGGGGGAGCUGCUUCACUGAGGACGCGCCUUACUCCGUCCGCCUCACCCCAGACAAGAAGUACUUUGUCGUUGUCCAGCUCAACACCAACCAGAUUUCCCUCCUGGAUGCCCCACCGGUGGGUUUGAUUGGCCAGUGCAGAGUGGUCAGUGUGAUCCAGCUGGCUGAGGAAAUGAAGCCCCACCUGGUAGACCUGGACCUGAAAACAGGGGCCUUGUAUGUGGCUGAGAUUGGAGCUCAGCAGGCCCAGAAGUUCACUCCCUUCAGUCUGGGUGGGAGUUUCCUGUAGAACCAUACUGGGCCUUAACUGAAGAACUGAAAUGGCAUGAUUGACCACAGACAAACAAAAUCAUAUCAUAAGCAUUACCAAGUAUUUAAAAGUGGAACCAAAAUGUGCACGGGUUAUGUAAUUCAGAGACAAAUCACAAAACAAUUCUCAGUACAGUGAACCUUACUAAAAAGAUAAGACGUCUAAGAUGUCUGAGGUAGACGUAGAAAUAGUAUUGUAACACUUUGUUUGAAUAGUCUGCCUACAGAUAACAUUUCACUGUUCUGCACAGAUUAUCUGUAGAAUAAAUGUGACAAUUCAUAAAUACCCAUACCCUAACAAGAUGUUGACUCCAGUGGUGUAAUAUCAGAAAACAGUGGUUGAAUCUCAACUAAUAAGCUGAUGAAAUGUUACAAAUUCUCUAUAAACUCUCCACAUGCGGACUAUCCAAAUAAAGUGUUACAUUUUAAAAUAAGCAUAAUGCCGUCUGGAUCCGGUUUUUUUUACAAAAUAAGGGACUGUCUGCAAAGUUACAAAAUGUUCAUACUAAACGCAGUUUCAAAACACAGAAAUAGACAGACGGACAGACAGACAGUAACAGCUCAUACGCAGUACAACAUAUUUCUUUUGUUUUCUUACAAUAUCUCUUAGCAAAGAAAGCAGGAUUAUUGUUUCUGUGGUGAACACAUGGGUAAUGAUUUUUUGUUUGUUAUUUGUGGUUUAUGAAGUUGUGUGCCAUUUGUAUUUUUCUUGACUUUGCACUGCUUGAAAAUAUAAGAGCUUCUCCGUGGCAGAGCUUUUCCCUUUCUUUACCCCAGACACUUUAAACUCUUUUGUGCUUUUGCCAGUUUAUGGCUGUUUUUAAAUACAAUUGUAUGAUUACACAUGUAUACAUAUGUAAAAGGCUAGAGCUGAACUGUUUUGCACUUGAGACUGACCGAUAUUAUCAGCUGAUAUUGGCCUGUUGCAGACAUAUUGGUAUUGGUAUAUAUGCUAUCCGAUAUGCACUGAUAUGACUUUUUUUUUCCUGAUAUAUAAUGCAGAAAAAAUUCUUGGGGUAAUAUAUUGAGAGUCCACUUUGAUUUGUAAUGCUGUGGGAAGCAACACAGAGUAAGACUUAUUUAACAUAUUAUUUAUUAAAGAACAUGUAACUUAAAGCUGCAUUAGGUAACUUUUUGUCAUAUUUGCUGAAACUUUCACUAUAUCCUGAAGUACAUGAGACAGAUAAUCUGUGAAAAAAUUAUUCCUCUGACUCCUCCUAGUGCUCUUAAUGGCAUUUUCAAUCGUUGAGAGGGCUUGACAAAAAACAUCCAAUCAGAGCUGAGAAAGAUAGAAACCCACCAUGUAUUCUGGUAGUUUAUUUCGGGGACUCUGUGUUGCCACUGUUGCGUCUCUGUAAAUAAUUUUCUAAGGAAAGCGGUCUAGAUCUGCUCUAUUUGAAAAGUGUCCUGAGAUAACUUUUAUUAUGAAUUAGCGCUAUACAAAUAAAAUUGAAUUGAAAUUAUUUUCUUUACAGUGUACAACCAGUUAUUGAGCAAUAAGUGACUGAGACUUUUGUUUUCAGGCACUGGUAUGCUUGUAACUACAAAGUGUAAAACUAAAUGGUUCCACCACUCAUCAAGUUCAGUUUACUCAUCUCGUGUGAAAAUAGAAUCUCAGCUUGGGCUCUGCCAGGCAGGGAUGUGCUGAUGAAAAGAUGCCAUUGCAUCAUGGGAAAUGUAGAAUUCAUCCUUUUAGGAGUUUGACCCAUUCUAGUGACUAAAAGUCAGAAUCUCUCUACUGCUUCAGUUAGGUCCUUUCUGUUUGUAAUCUAUAUAUAUAUCUGUAAUAUUUUAAAUAUAUCCAGGCAGUGGUUUGUUUUUGCCAAACUGUACUUUUUAGUUGUUCAGAAGUUGUAACCACCACUACCUUAUGAUUCCAAUACUCGGUGUGCAAAUAAUCUUUAUUUACAUUGUAAGUAUCUUUAACAAAGUUUCCUCAUGGUGAAUACUUACCUAACUGUCUUAAAGAUAGCACGUUAUGUUCUCGUGUCAUAUUUACUUUUAGGACUGUUACCCUAAAAUAACUAUUUCAUGAUAAUGACUUUAUUUUACUAUAAUAACUAAAUUAAGUUGUGAUCUGGAGAUAGCAGCAAUUAAGUAAAUCUACAACAAACAAUUAACAGACAAUUCUUUUUGUCCUAAUUGUAUCUAUAUAAUGCAGAGGGUGAUGCACUGUUUAUAAAAUGGUUAUAUUUUCAUCAUUUUCCAUGUGUACAAUGAAAUGUAGAUGCAUGCACUUCUUUGCAGACAGUGCAUUGCAUUAUAUUGUUUAGCUUAAAUUGGUGCAGUGAAAUGCAUUUUUUUUUGUCUUUAAGUCCAUACUUGCUGGGAAUCAAAAGGUGGAUGAUACUUAAAAAUAAAAUAAUUUAAUCAGA